UGUGAAGAAUUCGGAUGUGGGAAUCGGAUUCCGGAAGCACGCGUGGAUCAAACCCCACCACCACUCGUCCGGGACCGCCACGUGUCCACCCGUUAUUAACCCAACACUGCUUCUUCACUACUGCACACUGAACUCUCUCUCUCAACGAAACCCUAAUUUUCUGUGUCUGGAUUUUUUCCCACGUACCAAACACUUUCUCUUUCGUGAUUUUGUCCCUCUCCAAGUCCUCUCUGGAAUUGCAUGGUUUUGAUUCUGGGAUUGCAUUUUUUUUUUUUGAAUUUUAACUCGAUUUUCUUAUUUCUUUAGGAAAGGUGUCAGAAUCAGCUGGAAGAUUAUUCACUUUCUAGAAUCUCAAGGUUUUUGAGCCUUUUUACAGAUUAUGGAAUGGAUUUUGACCCGACUUUCUCGUUUUCUGAACACGGAUGGGAGAAUCAUCUGGAAGAUCCAUCACUCGCUUGAAUCCUAAGUUUUUUGAUUUUUUUUUUUUUGAAAUUUUGGUUUGAAUUUUUUGCUUUUUUCUAUGAAUCUACGCUUUUGAAUUUUUUUUUGGGGGAAAUUUUUGUUGUGAAAUUUCGCUCAAUUUUUUCAUUUUCCAGUCAAAGAUGGCAGAACAACCUCGGAGAUUUACAGUAGGGUACGCUCUCGCGCCAAAGAAAGUGAGCAGUUUCAUCCAGCCUUCAUUGGUGGACCAUGCGAAGCAGCGCGGUAUUGAUCUCGUUCGAAUCGAUCUGGACAAGCCAUUGAUCGAACAAGGACCGUUCGAUUGCAUCAUUCACAAAAUGAAUGACGAGGAUUGGAAGAAUCAGUUGGAGGAGUUCUCGACGAAGAACCCUAAUGUCGUCAUAAUCGACCCGCCGGAUGCAAUUGAGCAGCUUCACAGCCGGAUUUCGAUGCUGGAGGUAGUAAAGGAGUUGAAAAUUCCGGAGGGAACGGAGAGUUUUGGGAUUCCGAAGCAAAUUGUGAUUUAUGAUCCGGAAUCGUUAUUGGACUCCAAGGUGUUGGAUGGGCUGAGUUUUCCGGUGAUUGCUAAGCCGUUGGUGGCAGAUGGGAGUGCGAAAUCUCAUAAAAUGUCGCUGGCGUUCAACGGAGAGGGGUUGAAGAAGCUGACCACUCCUAUUGUGUUGCAGGAGUUUGUGAACCAUGGCGGGGUUAUCUUCAAGGUGUAUGUAGUUGGGGACCAUGUGACCUGUGUGAAGCGCAGGUCGUUGCCCGAUGUUUCGGUGGAGAAGUUGGGGACAUCCGAGGGUUUGUUGACAUUCUCUCAGAUAUCAAACUUGACUGCAACUCAAGAACCUGGUGAAAAUGAUUGUGAAGACAUAAUGAAUCACGUGGAAGAAGCUGAGAUGCCACCAUUAAAUUUUGUUAAUGAAAUUGCAAUAGGACUGAGGAAGGCAAUGGGACUUAAUCUUUUUAACUUUGAUGUGAUCAGAGAUGCUAAGUUAGGAAACAGGUACCUUGUUAUUGAUAUCAAUUACUUUCCGGGCUAUGCGAAAAUGCCAUCUUAUGAGACUGUGUUGACUGAUUUUUUCUGGGAUAUUGUGCACCGUAAGAGUUUGGGCAUGAAAGACUUUGAGCAGAGUGGUUCUGAUUGUAGAAAAAGUGAUAAAGAAGCCUGAUAUUAUGACUGGGAGGACAAUGCAGUUUAAGUUUGAGUUACAUGGCAGGCCAUGUAUACAUUUCUUGGGGUAGGUUGUAUUGGUUCCUUGAAUUGGAAUAAUGAGUUUCUUCACAGAAGCACUUGAAUGGCAUGGAAUAAUCUGGAGUGUUCCCAAGUGAGGUGCGAUGAAAGGAAAUGAAUUUCUCAACUCUCUCAAGUUUGUGGUGCCCCAUCCAAAAAUUGAUUGGUGGGUAGCACUGCUUUUUUGCCUUUCAGUGACUUUGUUUGGCAUAUGAUGCUGAUUGAUUUUGUAUAUUCCGCCAUUUUGCUAAAUAUAGAUGGCAGCAAAAUCUCUGAUCCAGUUCAACUGAAGGAAGAGCAUGGGGCUAAUUUUCAAGAAAUUUUUGACACUAAGAGUGUACUGAGACGCGGCAUAAGUCCUGAGAUCAUCAAUUUAGGUUUGAAGGCCAAUGGAAACAAAAGUCUCCUAGUUCUUGCAGUACUGAGAGGAAGAGAUUCAUUGAUGCCUUUUGAUCCGGAAGGCAGAAAGCUCCUUUAGAAGGUAUUUAUCAAGAGUGUCAUUAUUUUCUUCUCCCCUGCAGAUUCUUAUAGUUUGCUAGAUAAAAUUUGGACCCUACCCAAAUUCUGUUCAAGUAAAUUUUCAUUUAGUUCAUUUGAUUAGUUUGAAAUUCCCUUUUUCCUGUUCGAUGGGUAAUAUCUGAUUUUAGGAUGGCUCUAAGACCAGGGGUGAAUCCAAAAUCCUUUUGCCCCCACCAAAGAAAUUCCUUAGAGAAAAGGAAUUUGCUUUUGUUCCAAGUCCUCUUAGUUCUUCUUUGACAAUGAUUAUUGUCUUAAUAAAUGAGGUUAUGGCCUUUCAAAAA